CUAAAUUUCAACUGCUUAUACUCCGUACUUGUUGUCAGACCGGUUCUCAUUGAAAGAUGAUCGUAAUAACUCGAAGUAUGGUACCGAAUCGAGCAAGUCGGCGGAUUGGGCAAACAAUAGAAACACAAACACCGAGUUGGAAGACUGAAGCUUCUAUCAAAUUUUCAUCCUUCAGCUGGUUCUCACCUCCACCAUGUAGACACUCUGUUGGUCGUCAACCGAAGAAAUGUCUGACAACCAAGGAGAUGGGGGAGCUGCUGGCUCUGCCCCUCCUCCUCCUCCUCCUCCUCCUCUGCCCGAAGAUCCCAGAUCGAAAGUCUCCCCGUUUGUCAAGAAGCUGAGGUCUGCUCCUCCUGGCCAUUUCUUCCAACCUGAAAGGCUACCAUCUCAUCAAGAUCUAUUUUCUGCGCCUACCGGCCCUUAUUUCUUCUACGGCACCCUCUCUAAUUCCGCUAUGCUCCGCGAUGUCCUUGGCUUGGAAACCGAGCCACAACUUCGACCUGCCACUAUUAUAGGCUUCGAAUGCAAGCUAUGGGGCCAGUAUCCAGCUCUCCUAGAUGCCCCAGGGAAGGUUGUUCACGGGACUGUCUAUCAUGUCGAGACAAAAGAGCAUGGGGAGAGGCUCGCCAGCUAUGAAACAGAUAAUUAUCGGGCCGAUCCGUGUCGCAUUAACUAUCCGGACGGGAAUGAGCCCGUGGAUGGCUUUGGUCAUGUUUUUAAAUUUGUUGGCAAUGUCAGAGACCUGAGUGACGGCACCUUUGAUCUGGGGACUUGGCUAAGGAGGGUGAAGAGGGUAGCUGAGGAUUCAUCAGAUGCUAACCUGACGAGCAACGAAUCUUGGGCGACUAUUUCCUCAACUUUUACGCGCUUCACAAACCACCUGUCCUCCCUCGCUAUCCACUUUGUGCCUGCCAGUCGCCAGACUCAAAUAUUGGCCAUGCCAGUGAAGCGAAUGCUCAUCGUUCCGCAUCAACAGGCAGCGGGUACAGAUCACUGGUGCAUCUACCUUUCAACAUCCCCUAUAAGCUCGGUUUGCGUUGAUUGCACGCCAAGCUACACUGUCCCGAGCUCCGUCCUUCAGGGAGGCUCCAAGGCCAAUAUCAUCAUCUCCGAAUUGCCUCACGAAACUUCUCCUGAUGCUCAGACCGCGUUUGUUCUCGAUGUUGCCCCCGGGCUAUCAGUUGGGCAGGCUAUUGGGGAAGUUACUCAAAAUGGGCGUCAUAAAUACGAGUUCGACGCAAAUGGAGUUGGGUGCAGAUGGUGGAUUACUGAUAUGAUCAAUCUUUUCUAUCAACUUCAAGUUGUUGGCAAUGCAUCGCAGGUUGCGGAGGCAAAAGCCGGACUUCUCAAACUCUGGCCGGAUCAGACACCACAUCCGCUUGACCAAGGAGCUUACUAUCACUGAGCCUUAAUGGUCAGAAAUAAAUUUCAGAGCAGAGGGGUUACAGAUAGUCAAAGAU